CAAAUAAUUUGAGCUAAAAGAACUAGAUCGUACCGACAUAGAAUGACAGAAAAUUAUUCAGUUCCCCGGAACUUCAAGCUGCUGCAGGAGCUGGAAGAUGGUGAGAAGGGUGUAGGUGACGGGUCUCUCUCCUGGGGACUUGAGAAGGAUGACGACAUGUCACUUACACACUGGAACGCCACCAUCAUUGGACCUCCUAGGUGUCCGUUUGAGAACAGAAUAUACCAGCUGCACAUUGAGGCUGGACCAGACUACCCCAGUACCGCUCCAAAGAUCAGAUUCAGGACCCGGAUAAUUGUAAACUUCGUGACCUCUUCCGGCCAGGUGGACCUAAAGACAGUUUUACCAAGAGGAUGGAACUCAAAGAUGACUAUCAAAGAUGCUCUCAAGGGAAUUUGGACACAUAUGCAGAAAGCAAAGGGAGUCGGUCACCAGCCAAAUGAUGGAGUUAUGUUCUGACUUACGCACCACAGGAUAGAAAAUUGGUUAAUUAACCCAGACCUCCUUUAGGAACAUCGAGGCAUUUGAAGAGACAUUCUCUUAUAACCCUUGCUAGUUUUGGCCAGAGAGCCACUUGAUGUUUCGGAGCCGAUUGUCGUUUUGGACAAUUUUCAAUGCUAGUCCAUUUUUGAUGAUAAUGAUGAUUUAUUUUUAAUCAAAAUUUAAGAAUGGGACCAUGGGAAGCGAAAUAUGCACAUUAAAUCAUAAUGAAUAGAGCUUGUUUUACUGGAAAUCUAUUUUGUUUCAGACAUUAAAAUGAAAUGUUAGGGUAUUUGGACGCUCGAGCAUAUUUAUUUUUACAGGAGAAUUCACACAACGUAGCUUUUAUGGCGAACUCAAUCUAUUGUCGUGAUAAUUUUGUUAUGGAAACAAUCAGAGGACCUUUUCUAUGAUUUGAUCGAGAAUGUCAUCCCAUUGGAAUUUGGAUUGCCAUCCUCACUUGAUUUAUGAGAACAUUGUAUUUGUUUGAAAUGUGAAAUGUGGCGGCUAUUUUUAAGCUAAUUUGGGCAAAUUUUAAAAGCAUCCCUGGGAAUUUGCAUGGCAAGGUUCCAAACGCUUGAAGAAUCACUUAAGUUAUCUUUUAGUAUAUUACGAUUAAUAAAAUAUUGAAACUGUUAACUAAACAGAAUGCCCUCCUGAAAACGAGUAAAGAUUGUGUACCGUUAACUGUAAUUGUAAAUAAUGUUUGCUUAAACUUCUAAUUUUGUGUUGUCAAUUUCUCCCA